AUGCUGUUCAGUCUGGCCGAUCUCUGUUCAGCCCAACAGAACUCAUACAUGCCCCCUUUCCGCAGAUUGGAGUGGGAUUCGCUUAGGUGUACGUGCUUCUACUCGAGGAAACAAGGUGAAGGUGAAACUGGCGGUGAGAAUGAAGUGCUCUACAAGCCAAGAUUUCCAAAUUUUUGCUACAAACGUCACAUCGAAGAUAAUCUCAGACCUGUUCUUAUAAAUAACCCUCAGCUGUUGUCCAGUCCAUUGUUAAAUGAUGGAGAAGAUGUUAGUGAUCAAUCGAAAAAGAAUCUUCUUAAAUUAGUGAAGAAGUUGAAGUUGUCUGACGCUGGCGCUCUUUCCGACUUGCUACAUCUGUCAAUGGCGGCUCCUUCCUCAAAUUCACGAGAUGCUGAUGACGACCGUCAACUGCUAAUAUGGCUUCGAAUUCCCGAUCUCGAAAUCUUGUUUAUUUUGUUUUUAAAAUCCUUAGUUGAUCAUAUAUGCAAUCAAUUUGUAUCACAUCAACACAUCCAUCUUAUGAGCGGCACACAAUUUCUUGGUGUUUUGCUUCCUGAUGUUUCAUUCAAUUUUGACAUUUGA